AUGAUCGCCAAUUUGGAAAUUUUCUGUGGCAUAAUAGUAAUAGUCAUUGCUUUCUAUUAUUAUAUAACGGCUCGAAACAAUUUUUGGAAAAUUCGUGGUAUACCGGGACCAGAGCCUUUACCUGGAUUCGGCAAUGUCUUGAUGAUAGUUUUAGGCAAGGAAGCGCCUUUCCAAUUUUUAACCAGGGUGUACAAUGAAUUUAAAAACGAGGCUUUGAUCGGAGUAUUUAUGAAAACAUAUCCUGCCUUGGUUGUCAAAGAUCCCGAUCUUAUCAAGGAUAUCAUGAUUAAAGAUUUUUACAAGUUUCCAAAUCGAGGAUUCCCGAAAAGUGAUUCAGCAGAUCCACUGACCCAGCAUCUCUUCUUAGUGGAGGAAGAGAAAUGGCGGCCAUUAAGAACCCAAUUGUCCCCAGUGUUCUCAACCGGUAAACUGAGAGGGACAUUCACUCAAAUUCUUGAUUGCUCCAAUCAUCUUGUGACUUAUAUGGACAAGUUGGUGGAAAUAGGAGAGCCGAUCGACGUACGAGAAGUUACCGCCAAAUUUACCACGGAUGUAAUUGGAAGUUGCGUGUUUGGCAUCAAGAUGAACUCGUUGUCGGGAAAGGAGAGCGAAUUUCGUCGAUUCGGAAGACAAAUUUUUGCUAUGAAUUUCUUAAAGAUACUGAGACUCAGGAUAAAACAAUUCUUGCCUAUGCUUCACUAUUUACUCGUUCGUAUAUUACCACCGGACGAAGAAACGAAAAUAAUGUUGAAGUUGACCAGAGACACGUUCAAGUUUAGAGAGGCGCACAAUAUUGUCAGACCGGAUUUCAUGAAUAUACUCAUGGAACUCAAGAAACAUCCUGAAAAGGUUCCUAGUCUCGAUUUGACAGAUGGUUUGUUAGCCGCUCAAGCAUUCAUUUUCUUUGCUGCUGGUUUCGAGACCUCCUCGACGACAGUAGCUAAUACCCUUUAUGAAUUGGCUUUGAAUCCUGAUAUUCAAGAAAAAUUGCGACAAGAAAUUAAGGAAUUCGAGGCGAAUAAUGACGGAGAGUGGAAAUACGAAACUAUACAAGAAAUGAAAUAUUUGGAUAAAACAUUUAAAGAAACGCUAAGAAAGUAUCCAGUAUUGCCAUAUCUGAGCAGAAGGUCAAUCGAGGAUUAUACUUUCGAAGGCACUAAAGUAUCAAUUCCCAAAAACACAUUGAUCUGUAUACCAGUUUAUCCUAUUCACCACGAUUCGAGUAUCUAUCCAAAUCCGGAAAAAUUCGAUCCUGAAAGAUUUUCGGAGGAUGAGGUAAAGAAAAGGCAUUCCAUGCACUAUUUUCCUUUUGGACACGGACCUAGAAAUUGUAUCGGUUUGCGAUUUGCGAUUUACCAAUCAAAAAUUGCACUAAUUAAAAUCCUCUCUAAUUACAAGAUUGAAAUUUGUGAUAAAACGUUAAUUCCUUAUAAAUAUGACCCAUUUUCAUUCAUUUCGUUACCAUUAACGGGUAUAUUCUUAAAGAUAACCAAAUUACAGAAUUGAUACGAUGUUCCUUUAAUUUGAUAAAAUUGUUUAAUGUUACGAUAUACAUAUUGUAUAUUAUAAACAUU